AUGUUGCAUAAAUGCGAGGGUAUAACAACUGCAUUUUCCAAAACAUUAUCACUGUCGAAGAAUCUGAUUGCUGAAGGCGGUAUGUUUCAGCACGUUGUCUGGUGGAUACUACUAGCUGCGGUGUUUGGCGAAAAUUUUAAGUGUUAUUGGGAAGGCAAGUUCUACGACGAUCGAGAAGAAUUCGUUAGUUCGUUCAAAUCUAUUUUCGGAUAG